CGCUCUUGUAGUUUGUAAACACAGCGAUGCAGCGUCUGUAAGGGGAGACACUUCAAUAAGAAGAAGCAACACGAUGCGUUAGCGUUUCAGUGACAUUUUCUGUUUGGGGCGAUGGACUGAGACAGUACCUCAGACGGCUUUAAGUAAUACAGGAUCACCAUUUUUUUUUGUUCUUCAUUAUUGUGCUACAUCGCAUCUACGUACUGAUAUUUGUUUUCUCAGAGCAAAUCAUUCCAGUCGUCCUUCUUCGCCCUCCCCCUCCUCGGGGGGAAAGAAAAUACAGCAAAAACGCCAACGUCCCUUGUCCCUCUCUGACGCUAGAGCCACUGGCGCUCAAUGGGGAACUGCCUGUCGUCUCAGACCGCUGAUGAUCUGUCACUGCUGAACGAGUCGGACGGUGCCAGCCUUCCCGGAGAGCCGCCUCCGCCUUACCAGGAGCAUGCCCAGGUUCCAGUGUACCAUCCCACCCCAAGUCAAACCCGACUUGCCACCCAGUUGACGGAGGAGGAACAGGUUAGAAUCGCCCAAAGGAUUGGCCUCAUUCAGCAUUUGCCCAAAGGAAUCUUUGAUCCCGGCUCUGAGCCUUCAGAAAAGAAAGUGAAGGAAUGCGUUAUCUGCAUGAUGGACUUCGAAUACGGAGACCCAAUCAGGUUCCUGCCUUGCUUGCACAUCUACCAUGUGGACUGCAUCGAUGACUGGCUGAUGCGUUCGUUCACCUGCCCGUCCUGUAUGGAGCCUGUCGACGCAGCUCUGCUCUCUUCAUAUGAUAACUGAGGGGCCCGAGCCGAGAGGCACGCCGGCACAUCUAAUCGCUCACACCUGCCUGGACUGCCCCCCUCAGCCCUACGGUCUUACUGAAAGUGGGCAGCGUCACAAUGUAAGGUUGGAGCGCUGCAGGAGGAGAGGAGAGGAGAGCAGAGUGGCGUCUCUCAAUCUGCCUUUGAGCGCACAGCACCAAAGUGAUCCUCAUAAGUAGGGGUUGGGCGGUGGUCUUGGGGAGGGUGGGGGGAUAGAAAUAGUAAUAAUUUAUAAUAACGCUGCUCUUAGACAGACUGUGAUUACUGUUACAUUUGACCUGAAUUACUUCAAAUGCAAGAGAGGUUUCUUCCUCCGUGGUGUGAGGAGAUGAGAAUGGAUUGCACUACUAAAUAUUGAUGAUGUCUUUUUUUUUUCCCCCCCCUCAAAGAGUGUUCAUGAUGCAUAUAUAUAUAUUUUUUAUUAAUGGGUAAGAAUAGUGUAGAUGGAUUUUUUUCAGCUGUCUAUAAAUUCUGUUUGUAAGAUGUAAUUCUACAAUUUUACAUGCAGGGUGUUGUAGCAUAAGCACGCGCCACCACGUCUGUCAACACGCUUUAAUGAUGCUGUGUGUCACCAGUUGGGCGCCUUGAUGGGUGCGACGCGUUUCCUGUCUGCCUCGCGAUACCCUUCAGAGGACACGUGAGCAUUUCAGGUUUGCCCGUCAUAUAUAUUUCCUUGUUGCAUCCGUCCGCGUCUCUCCCAGUGCUUUAAACAGCUGUGUGUGUGUGUGUGUGUGUGUGUGUGUGUGUAAAGUUUACAGUCUUGGGCUGUUUGAUUAAAUAACAAGGAAAACCAAUGGUUUCAAAAUGUUAUCCGCUCCUUUCCUUCUCUGCAUGAAACAUCUUGAGAUUGAAACAAAAACAAAAAGCCACAUUUUCAGGAAAGGAAGGAAAUAAUUGACUUUAGUAGGUUUAGCGUGGCCAUGGUGGUUUUAAAUGGAGGACAGACUUCCAGGUUAACGGGAAAAGAGCUGCCAGUCAGUCGGCAUUGUUGAGGCCUCGCCAGAGGACAGACGCACGAGGGUGCUGCUCCUUAACCAUUGUGUGUGUGUGUGUGACAGAUGAGCCAAUACACAUUUGACAUGUGCUCUGCCAGUGUUUCAGUGACAUGUCAUAUAAAUGAUGGGAUGGGCUGCGGACUUUACACACGGCGUAAACUUGUAAAUGUGUAUUGAAAGAUGGAGAAAAUGUUCAGGGGUACUCUGGCAUCUUUACCCAUCACGUAUGUGAACCUUUUAUUUGAAGAAUUUUUAGAACCUUUACAUUGAACGACUUGCUCAGGGGUCUCGUAGAAAGUCGAUCACCGUGCGCCCUAUGCCACCUGGGAUAGGCUCUGGCGCCCCACGUGACCCUGUUCAGGACUAAGCGAGUUAAAACAAAGGACUGACUGAGCUUUCUAUAGUGGACGCCAUCCCAAGGCAGUUACCGUGCUAAGCUUUUACGCUGUGAGGACUGGCUAGAUAACGAGAUACGCUCAGAGCUGCAUGGUGGGCCAAGUCGAGGGGUUUGAUGUUACUUUGCUUUCCUGUAGUGAGCGCUUUGCAUAUUCCAUCCAGUUAGCUCCAUAGUGUUACAAUUUGGACAUUGAAAAGAUGGGAGGCAUGCGGUGGAGCAGCAGAAGGGAAGUCGGCGUUUUGCACUCAACGUCCCCGCAUGCCUGGGCCAUCUUCUCAAAUUGUCCUCAACACAACCCCAGUUUGAUGGCAGCUCCAAAUCGGCCACUGUGCAAAUGUCAAUGCGUAAUGGACUGACGCCCUCCUGAGCUGGAUUGAGAGUCGCAGGUGUCAUUAUUUUCAGACGUUGUGUGUGUGUGUGUGUGUGUGUGUUCAUCAUUCUCAAAGUACUCGAGGGGGAGCCCAUCAGGUUUUUUGCAUUUUGACAACAGCCUUAUUUUAAAAUCAUCUAAAUUUUAAUUUUUUUUCUCUCCUCAAGCAACACUCACAACUCUGAAUGACAAAGUGAAAACAGACUUUUAGACAUUUUUACAAAUUUGCUUUGGCUCAGGUACAUCCCCUCCUUCUGACCAUCGCAGAGAUGUUUCUACACCAUGUUUGUAGUCCACCUGUGGGUCAGUUCAACGGCUUGGGUUGAUUACAAAAGUCAAUUCCUACAGUUGGGCACAAACCAAACACCGACGAUGGCAAAUUGUCUGCCCGAGGUUAAAGACCCGCAUGGCGCCAAGACUCGGGACUGUGGAAGGCUGCAACGUCUGCAGUACUGAAGGUCCCUACAGGCACAGUGACCUUCAUGAUUCAUAAAGAACAACCAAGACUCUUCCUGAAGAUGGCCGCCUAGCCCAACUACGUGCCGGGGUGACUAAGAACUUGGUGGUCACUCUGGCUGACUUUGAGGGAGCGUCCAGAAGGACAGUCAUCACCGUAGCCCUCAUGCCGAUUCGGGCAGAGUGGCCAAGAGAAGACAUGAACACCCACUUGGUGCCAAGAGGCACCGUAAGGACUGUGAGAAACGAGAUUCUCUGCUCUGACGACCCCAGGGUUGAACUGUUUGCUGUCAAUUCUAACCGUUAAGUCUGGAGGAAAGUAGGCACCGCAGACCACCCGUGUAAUGCCAGUCCAGUGGUGAAGUACAAUGGUGGCAGCAUUAGGAACUGGGAGACAAUCCAGUUUGAGAGAGAACUGAGCAAACUUCUCUACUUAAACUCCUUAACUUAAUUAAAACCUGCUGUGGACGUCCGACUUGACCGAUUGGUCGCCUUCCAGCAGGACAAAGCAAAGCCAACACUGGAGUGGCUUGGGGACAACUCUGUGAAUGUCCUUGAGUGGCCCGACCAGAGCCUCGAACCGAACACGUCUGAGGAGACCUUCAAUAUGACCGUCCGCUGACCGUCUCCAUCCAAACUGACAAAGCCUGAGGGGAUCUGCGAGCGGAAUGGCGCACAAAAAUCCUCCACGCCAGGUGGGUGAAGCUUGUGCUGUCGGACUCAAGAAGACCCCAAGCUGGAUUUGCUGCCACUGAAGUACUGAACACGGGCUGAACACUUGAGUCGGUGUCGGCUCUCAGUGUUUUUUUAUUUUUUAAUGAAUUUACAAAAAUCCCCAAAAUCGUGUUUUCACUUUUGUCAUUCCGGUGAAUUGAGUGUGGCGAUGAAUUUAAAUGGUUUUGGCUCAAGGCUGCCACAUAAUAAAAUGUGAAAAGAGUGAAGGACUCUGAACACGUGUGGUGUGUGUGUGUGUGUAUUCAUUAGCUGUUCUUCCUAAGAUGGCUUGAAAUCGAAGUAAUCAACGUGGCAUUAAUGCGUGCAGCACACCAAGCAAUGCGCGUCUCUGUCAUGUGCCAUUUGGUAUGGGAUCCGUAAAUGCAGUGCUAAUGUUUGCGAUGCGCCAUCUGUUGGAAUGACAAGUGCAGUACAUGUUUCUGUCAUCUACCAUUUGGUAUGAGAUUUGUAAAAACAGUUUUAAUAUUUGUGAUAUGCCAUUUCUUGGAAUGACAAAUACAACGCAUAUGCCAUUUGGUAUUGGAGUCGGAAAAGUGAUGUUAAGGUUUGUGCUGCGCCACCUGUUGAAAUUACAACUGCAAGGCAGAUGCACCAUCUGCUGACAUAACCACAAUACAUUGUAUUACUAUAAAUGUGUGUGAUGCGCCAUCUGUAAGAAUGACAACUGCAGUGCAUGUAUCUCUCUGUUAUAUGCUAUUUGGUACAGGAGUUGGAAAAGCAGUGUUAAUGUUUGUGCUGUGCCAUCUGUUGAAAUUACAAAUGCAAUACAUGUUCUUACUAAAAGGUUUGUGAUGCGGCGUCUGUUAGAAUGAGUAAUGCGAUUUAUAUGUAUGUCUGUAUGCCAUUUGGUAUGGGAGUCUGAAAAGCGGUGUUAAUGUUUGCUCUGCGCCAUCAGUUGGAAUUACAGCUGCACUGCGGAUAAGAUGCACCAUCUAUUGGCAUGACAACUACAAUACAUUUUAUCACUAUAAA